AUGACUCAGCAAAAACAAGUGAAGAAGUCUUGGUGCUGCGGGUGCUUCGGCUGGCUCUUCGCCAGGCGGAAGCGCCGCAGCCCCUCCGAGGAACCUGACGACAUCGUCGAGGAAACCGAAAACGCGGGUGCCCAGGCCGAUGCAGGGCAACAGGCCCUGGUCUGCCUGAAGAAGGCUGCUCAGCCUCUCUCAGUGGUGGAGGAGGAGAUCCCCUCCGACACCCUGCUGGAUGCUGAUGGGGUGGUGGGGAAGGGCGAAAAGGAGGCCACUGGCAGGAGGCGUCAGACUCUCAUCAUCACAAUCCACUUGGUGAAGAGAGAGAAGGUCCACAAGCCAGUGGAUGAUACAACAGUCGCACAAAAAGACUGCACGCAAUUGGAGAGCCAUGGCAAGAGGGUUCAAACUCUCGUAAUUACUCUGCACAUGGUCAAGAGAGAGAAAAUAAAGGAGGUAUACGAUGAGCUCCCCUCCGGGCACCAAGGCACGGCUGGGGACGCUCCUUCCAGCAGGAGCAAGGCCGUUACCGGCCCACCGGAAAAGAUGCCCCUUAUCAGCAGCUUCAAACAGCGGGACGCAUCUCAAACACCGGUCAAGAAAAUGAUCAGGUUCAACUUCCAAAACCUGAACACUUUCGUCAAAAUUCGUGAGCUGUACUGUGCCUACGACUACUUCAAAUAUGGCUUCCCUCACUCCAGCAUUCGUCCUGAGCUGAAAAGCUUAAAGGAGAGAGCAGUGGAGCCACAGGAAGAGCCAGCAAAGGAAGCAGUAAACAAACUGCCAGAGGCUAAGAAAACAGUUACAGAGGAAGCAACAGAUUCAACCAACAAAAUCAAUGAGCCACAACAUCUCACAGGGAUCCUCAAGAAAGGAAAGACGGCCAGCACCGCUCAUAAAUGUGUGCGCUUUAACUUCCAGAACCUGAACACUUUCGUCAAGGAUCGUGAACUGUACUGUGGCUACGACUACUUCAGGUAUGGCUUCCCUCUCUCCAGCAUCCGUCCUGAGCUGGAAAGGCGAAAGGAGAGAACAGUGAAGCCGCAGAAAGGGUCAGCAAAGGACGCGGUAAAGAAACACAACACACGACACCAGCAAACAGUUGGAGCAGCUCGCUGUGCACAAAUGAAUACCACUACUGAAGGGAAGUCUCCUAAAGGUAUCCUGAAGAAAGAAAAGAUGCCACGGUCCACCUGUCCAAGACAUGUGCCCUUCAACCUUGGUAACCUCCGCGCCCCCGUUAAGGAACGUGAGGUGUACCGUGGCCACGACACCUUCAGAUACGCCGCGCCGCUCCAAGUCACUCAGCCUCCCAACUUUACCUCGAGGCCUCACCAGCAGCCCGUUAGAUCCGCCUCUAACUCGCUGCGUGGCGCACCUCGGCACUUCGAGAGGCCGGCACAGCGGAGCAACGACUCCUUCCAGCAAAACAGUGGCUGGUAUGCUGCACACAACUACACCAACAGCCGCCACUCACAGCACCGCCAGCACAACGCCAGCAGCCACGUCCCGCCAAGAUACGAAACAAGGCAUUUCUACGAGGGACAGACACAUCGGGGCACCAACUCCCGCAGCAGAGGUCGUGCCAAGAGAGGCGCAAAGCCGAGUGGUGGCGAGUUUCUGUGAGCACCCGGCGAGUACACAGCGUCGUGAUCAAACUCAAAUGUUCAGCGACGUACAGGUGACGUACAUUCCGGGUGCAUUUCUCAACACCCGCUGAACAGUAACUGUCGCUGACUGGUGAUAACAGAGACUGAGGAGUGCCAAGAAGCACCACAAACACACUGAGAGGAACGGCUCGCCAGCUGACUAAAAUCACCAUGCAGAGGAACGCAUCCCAUGGAACGGUGCCACUUCUACGGAACAAAUUGUUCAAGAGUGUCGCAUCUGUGGGGAGUGUUUGGACGCAUGUGUGUGCUUACAUUUCUUAUCUUAUAUUUCAAA